UCGAGCUUCUGUCACACCCGUUUACUUUUUAUGCGAUGCAGCUCAUGGCGUGCGGGCAGAGCUCAAAGCCCUGAACGUUGGUCUAUCGGUGGGGACAGUAAAACAGCGCCGUCUCACCGGGUUUGUGACCCAAUAAGAAGCCGUCGUCUCCGUGUAUUCAUUCCCUCCAGAGUCAAGGACAUAAUGCGACACAUCUCGAUCCCUGACUGAGUGACUGACAUACCGAGGCCACCAUGCAGGAGUGCCACACCCGGCUGUGUCUGUCUGUCUACGUCAUCACCUUCGUGCUGGGCUUCCCCGCCAACGUCCUCGCCUUCUACACGUUCUGCAAGAAGGUGAGGCAGAAACCCACGCCGAUAGACAUCCUGCUCCUGAACCUGACCAUCUCCGACCUCCUCUUCCUCCUCUUCCUGCCCUUCAAGAUGCAGGAGGUGAUGAACGACAUGCUCUGGGACAUGCCCUACCCCCUGUGCCCUCUGUCUGGCUUCAUCUUCUACAUGACCAUCUACAACAGCACCUUCUUCCUCACUGCGGUCAGCGUAGAGCGCUACCUGGGCGUGGCUUAUCCCAUCCAGCACAGCCUGAAGCGGCGGCCUGUGUACGCUGUCGCCGCCAGCAUCUUCUUCUGGAUUUUCUCCUUCAUCAACCUGAGCAUUGUGUUCAUCAUGCCCUUCUUUAACCAUGAAAACUCUCCGAACACCACUUCUGGCCACAACGCUUCAGCCAGCUCUGCCACUGGCGACCAUGCGGAGGUGUGCUAUGAGAAUUUCACCGAGGCUCAGCUGAAAAUCCUCCUGCCUGUGCGUCUGGAGCUCUGCGUGGUACUUUUCUGCAUCCCUUUCCUGAUUUGCUGUUUCUGCUACAUCAACUUCAUCAGGAUCCUGUCCAAGCUGCAGCACAUUGACCGACGCAGACGCCUGCGGGCUAUUGGCAUGGCUUUGGGAACACUUCUGGUGUUCGCUUUCUGUUUUGGCCCCUAUAACGUCUCGCACAUCAUCGGCUUUAUUACGUGGAAGAGUCCUGACUGGAGAGACAAGGCUCUGCUCUGCAGCACCUUCAAUGCUUGUCUCGACCCUCUGAUUUUCUACUUCUCCUCCGCUGCUGUGAGAGGGACCGUGGGUCGUGUGAUGGAAGGGGUUAAGAGUCGCCUAAACAGGUGCAUGUCCUGUCACAUGUUCGGGGCCUUGUGGGGAAUUAACAAGACAGCAAAAGAUAAGGAACCCAAACAAGAGGAGAUCAAUGCUAUCUAAGCUGACGGAAAGGAAGCUGUGAGCAGCUGCUCUGACUAAUUUAUUUCUUCAUCCCUGGAAGCAGGAAAUUAAUGACAUGUUUGUGUUUUUACACGCAGGAGAAUGACUUACUGUACACGGUGCAGCGUGUGUCUGUUUGACUCUGAUGGACCUCCUCUCCGGAAACGAGACAAGAUAGGAAAACCUCGGUAUGUCUGAGCAGGCCGCAGUUUUUAUGCAGUGUAACGUGCGACGCCAAAGAGACGCGGUACUUUGAACUGUCACAUGCAAAUUAAAAGAUUAAAAAAGGAUUUCAUAAGAUCUCCAUUAAUGCAGCCGCGGGGAAAAAAAUAAAUAUCGAAGCAACAGCAUCAGACGUCACCGCUAACCAGUAAGAGGUGAAGUUUUCCAGCCAGCUUAAACAGGAUGUUUGUACCAACAUGCUGAUUUGUUGUCACAUAUUGUGAUAAAAAAACAACAACAAAAAAACUGAAGUGUGAGAUAUGCAAUUAUGUUCAAGUGUGUUGAAAUGACCUUGUGUUGGGCUUUGUACGCCCUUACUAAACAGUUUGCUUUCAUGCACUUGUAUCUUGUAUUUUUCCCUCGCACGGCUACGACCAUUCUCAUGCAGAUUCUAGUUUGCACAAUUGUUUACUCAUUAUUUUUUCAUUAGUAGCAUUUACUUAUACAUGCUGUACAUGGUACUAAAGUAGCAUAUAUGUAUGAAUGUAUGUAUAAUGCAUAAAAUACAUGUGAAAAGGCUGUAUGACAGGGGUUGCAACUAUAGAAGACGGAAGGUCAGGUAUAAGGUAAUUUUGUUUGUGUGUGUGCAAGAUAAGAUAUAAAUAUCAAAGUCUAAUAGAAAUAGACAAUAAAAACAUGCAAAAUAAAAUGAACUACAGAGGCUGUGUACAUCUUAUACACAAGAGUAUAAAAAUAUUGCCCUUACAUAAGCAAAAUAUGAAAUGUGUGUGUGUGUGCGUUUGCGCCCACACACGUGUGAGCAUACAUGAGAGAGGAAGGAAAGAGAGUGACCCUGAUACGCAAAUCAUGUAAUAAUACAUUUACGUCAUUUAUGACUCAAACACUGCGUUGUAUUAUCAGCAUUCAGGUAGAAGGUGAUUGUGUGUGUGUGUGUCAAAGAGGAGAGAUAAGGACUAAGACUUUGUUUUUGAAAGAGACUGAUGAAUGUGUUACAUGCAUUUAGAUGAGAUCACCAGAUCAUGUGAAAUUUGUACCGUAUGUGUAUGUAUGUAGGUAAGCAUUCAUUUAAAAUAAAAA